ACAACACGAAGAUCACCAAUCGUUCGAUUGAUCAGUUCAACCUGCCCCAAGAUGUCGGUCACAGCUAUUACCUCGGUGCCACAAUACAAGGAGAUCACCGGCGGAGUAACACCAGUUGCAGUUUUCUUCUCCUCCGAACGAGUUCAAUCUUGCAAACCGAUUGCCCAACUCCUCGAGGAUAGGACCAAGGGGUUUUCAUCCCAAUUCUACAAGGUGGACAUCGAUGCGCAAGACAAGAUUGCCAAGGAAGCGGGCAUAGGCAUCCGAGACGUGCCAACCAUCGCCAUCUAUCGUUACAACCAAAAGCUCGGCGAAUGUACCGGGCCCGACCCUCAGAAUGUGGAUAGAGCUAUCACCUCCGUAACGUCAUCCUAAAGCAUCGUGAGAGAGAGAGAGAGAGAGAGAGAGAGAGAGAUGGUA